GGUAUAUAAACCCAGGACCAUCCAACUAUCUUCAAUCCAUUCUCAUCCUCCCCACACAAUGGUUGCAACAAGAGCGUUGAUAUCCCUGUGUGUGGUUGGCCUUACCCUAGGGCAGGGGCAGGUCAAUGAGGAGGUCAUUGUAACAAAUGUUGUGACUGCUCUUCAACCAUCUAUUGCCCAAGCAGUUGCCGAUGCUUUGAGAAACCUUGGAGGAAGUUUCUCUUCUACCGGGUUUGCAGCUGGCAGCUCUUCAGGAUCAGCCCAAGGAUUCAACUCAUUUGGAUCAUCUUCUACAUCUGCUCAAGGAUUCAGCGCAGCUGGAGCCUCUGCUUCAAGACCUGGAGGUUCCAACGGACAAAGUGAUGUUGGACCUGUAGCUCGUCCUGAAUACAACUAUGAGUUCAAGGUUGCUGAUGAGGAGGAGCAGACCUUCAUCAGCCAGUCAGAGAAGAGGGACGGUGAUGAUGUCACUGGAACCUACUCCUACGUAGACCCAGAAGGAUCUUUGAUCACUGUCAACUACCAGGCUGGAGCUAUGGGAUUUACCCAGACUGUGGAUAAAAAGGAGGGAGCUGUUGACAUCAGUGCUCGUCCAUCUUACUCUGGAGCAGGUACUGGUGUUGCUACUGGAGCCACCAGCUCUUCAUUUAAUGCCAACAAGAACAACGGUUUUAACAGCAACAGUGCUUUCAACAGCAACAAUGCUUUUAACAGCAACAGUGCCAGCAGUGUGGCCAGCAACAACUUUUCUGCAACCACCUCUUCUGUAGAUCAGUCUGUUCUGAUUUCUCAAAUUAUCGCCGCUCUUCAGCCCCAGAUUUCCCAGGCUGUUAACAGUGCCAUCUCUAGAAAGUCAAGCUUCUCCAGAGGUGCUGUUCAGAACAACCAGGCUUCCGGCCUCAGAGCUAAAAAAUUAGCUGGAGACAGGCUUACCCCUCUCUUUGGAAACUAAAACACGAAACCUUGAUCUUACCAGACCUCUCCUAAACCUUUCCUUUGCUUUACUUGGAAUGAGCUGCACCUGAACUCAGGGCAUUGGAAUAAUUAAAUGUAAACUUGUUCAUUUAUUUGUCAUCAUUGAAUAAUAUCUUUUUUCAAAUA